AUGGCCCCUCUUAAUGUUUGUAUGGUCGGUACCGGCGAGUACACGACAGGUUUUGUUGGCGGUGGUGCCUCAGGCUCUGACAAGAAGGUUGGUGUCGUCGGCCUCACCCUCUUCGACCUGAGACGACGCGGCAAGGUGGGCAACCUGAGCAUGGUAGGAACUUCGGGAAACAAGUUCCCUGCGAUCCGCGAGCACUUGAACAAGAACAUCUCCCAAGUCUACAACGGCCUCGACACAUCUUUCGAGUCGUACCCAGCCAAUGACCAACGUGAUCCCGAAGCCUACAAGAAGGCCAUUGACGCUCUCUCGCCGGGCGAUGCUAUUACCAUCUUCACUCCUGAUCCGACGCAUUUUCCCAUCGCCAUGUACGCCAUCGAGAGAGGCAUCCAUGUCAUGAUCACCAAGCCUGCCGUCAAAUUGCUGUCAGAGCACCAACAGCUACUCGAGGCUAGCAAAAAGAACAAUGUUUUUGUCUACAUUGAGCACCACAAGCGAUUUGAUCCUGCCUACGCAGAUGCUCGCCAUCGCGCCCUCAAGUCUCUGGGUGAAUUCAACUACUUUUACAGUUACAUGUCACAACCAAAGUCACAACUCGAGACUUUCAAGGCUUGGGCUGGCAAGGAGUCGGACAUUUCAUAUUACCUCAACUCUCACCACAUUGACGUCAACGAGAGCAUGGUCCCUGAUUACAAGCCUGUCAAAGUGACAGGCAGCGCUAGCAAGGGCAUUGCUACUGAUCUGGGGUGUGUUGAGGAGACCGAGGACACAAUCACUCUCCUCGUGGACUGGGAGAAGAAGGAUGGCAGUGGAAGACGUGCUACCAGUGUUUACACAGCAAGUUGGACCGCACCACAGAAGGCAGGUGUCCACAGCAACCAAUACUUCCACUACAUGGCCAGCAAGGGUGAAGUUCGCGUCAACCAAGCCAAGAGAGGAUACGACGUCACCGAGGACGAGUCAGGUCUGACCUGGUACAACCCCUUCUACAUGAAGUAUGCUCCUGACGAGUCGGGCGACUUUGCUGGUCAAGGAGGUUAUGGUUACGUUUCUUUCGAGAAGUUCGUCGAUGCCAUCAACGCACUCAAAGACGGAAAGGCUUCUCUAGAUGAUCUUGACAAGCGUGGUUUGCCAACCCUGAAGAACACCAUUGCAACUGGUGCUAUCCUCGAGGCUGGAAGAAGGAGUUUGGACGAGAACAGAGCCAUCGAGAUUGCGGAGAAAGAUGGCCAAUGGGAACUCAAGUAG